UGGUCUAGAAUUUGGUCUCAUCUCUAACUGUCGUUUAGCUCUGGGACCCUGUGUUUCAGGGUCACGUCACCACUCACUGCCUGGAAUACAGUCUGUCUGUUUAUGUCUAGAAAACGUGAAAAGCUGAUUACUGAGCAGGUUUUGUGAAAUCCUCAAGGAAUCCAAGCUAGGCCAUUAGUUUUUAUCCUUUAUAUAGCAUAACAACAUAACAUUGGUGACUAGUGUCUAUAGUUGUAAUACCUUUUAAAUCUGCUGUUGGAGUCCAUAGUGAAGGUGGACUUCACUGGUGCCUUUGCUGUUGGCAAAGGAACUAGGACAAAGCCGGCACCAGUCCUUCGUUGUCACGCCAUCAUGCUCUCUCUCUGAUUCCAGUGGAGAAGAGGUGAAAUCAACACUCAACCUAAAUCUGUCCCAUUUAAAGUGCGGUUAAAAAUAAUUCAAGUUUCACGCCCUUCCUCGUCACCUGGAGUGCUGACAGAAUGGACCAAGCCAGGACAACGAUAUCCAAAAUAUUCAACGGGGAGCCCCGCUCAUACACACGCUUCAGCCUGACCCAGAACAUGGAGGGGGGCGACAGCCAAGUGGAAAUGAAACUCUCCCCUGAGGUGGAGGAAGAGUUGGAAAGUAACGGGGUGGGGGAGCACCUACACCACCACCCAGAGUCCUACCGGCGAAAGCCACAACGCACCCCCAAAAACAUCUGCUUCCUGGUCGCGGCCACUCUGCUCGUCGUCAUCAUUGGCUAUCUAAUUGGAUACUUGGUUCAUCGGAAGCAGGAUAAGGCCUCACCAACUUGUGACCGUGCCGUCAGUGUGUCUACGGAUGAAGAAAGCAGUCAGCCUGAAUCAUUUGCACCUAAACAACUAGACUGGGGCGAGGUCAAAGGCAUGCUAGGAGACAAGCUGACAGUCAGCCGGAUUGAGGCCAGUCUGAGUGAGUUUGCCAGUGUUGACCACCGGGCUGGAUCCCCUGGUGAUGAGGCACUAGCCAACAAAGUGCUGAGGAGGUUCCAGGAGAACAACAUGAAGACCUGGAAUGAUGAGCACUACGUGAAGCUGCAGGCUCCACCUACCUCUGGUUCCAACACGGUCACGUUCCGUGGCCAGAGCCUGGGCUCCAUCCAAGGCUACCUGGCCUACAGUGCCACUGGAAAAGCAGAGGGUGCUGUUUUGUAUGCUUACUAUGGACGAUUGGAAGACUUUGCUGACCUGAAAGACCUGAGCAUUGACCUGAAUGGGAAGAUCAUCCUGGUCAGAGCUGGAGAAAUAAGUUUUGCGGAGAAGGUGGAUAAUGCUGCAAAAAUGAACGCAAGUGGUGUCCUGAUCUACCCUGACCCAGCUGACUAUGACCUUAGUGAUACAACUCAGCUGUUUGGCCAUGUGCAUCUUGGCUCAGGUGAUCCCUACACACCAGGCUUCCCGUCAUUCAACCACACCCAGUUCUCCCCUGUUCGCUCUUCUGGCUUGCCCAGCAUCAUAGCCCAGACCAUCACUCCAAUCAUGGCCCAAACUCUGAUGAGGGGUAUGGAGGGACGGAAUACUCCCCGCAGCUGGAAAGACGGCGGGCUGUCUGGAGUGCUGUACAAGCUGGGAGAUCUCAGCGAUAUUGUAUCUGUGGAGGUGAACAAUGUCCUGGUGGAGACAAAGAUUCACAACGUGUUUGGUGUCAUCAAGGGUGUCACCGAUGCAGACCGCUAUGUUGUGAUUGGAGCGCAGAGAGAUGCGUGGGGCCCUGGCUUUGCUAAGUCAACUGUGGGCACUGCUUUAUUGGUGGAAUUGGCCAAGGCCAUCAGCGAAAUGAUCAGAGAAGGCAGAUUCAUGCCCAGGAGAAGUUUAGUCUUUGCCAGCUGGACUGCUGGUGAAUAUGGUAAUAUUGGCGCCACCGAGUGGUUGGAGGGCUAUUUGCCAUCUCUGAGUAUGAAGGCGUACUCCUACAUCAGCCUGGACGGAGUAGUAACAGGUUCUGACACCUUUAAAGCAAGUGCAAGCCCCUUGAUGAACGGCCUCAUUUCAGACACACUGAAGGAGGUGAACAGUGUCAGUAACCCUGGAAAAACAUUAUAUGCGCUAGCGUCAGGGCCCAGCUGGGAGACAUCAGUUCUGGAGCCUCUGAAGAUGACAAACCCUGCCUACCCGUUCAUAACUUUUUCUGGGAUUCCAUCUGUUUCCUUCCGGUUUACUAAAAGCCAGGGCUCGGAGGAGUAUCCUUACUUCGGUACCCUGUAUGACACAAGAGAGAAGCUGGAAUCCGCCACCUUCUCAAACUUGCCCAAGGUCGUCCGGGCCGCAGGGCAGGUCGCUGGUCACAUGGCCCUCAGGCUGGUACACGACCAUCUGCUCAGGCUGAGUGUUGGGGCAUAUGAUAAGAUCAUCCGUGGCCAUGUCAUCCAGAUCAAUAAAAAAGUCAACACGCUGCAGGAGUCUGGCCGUCUACCCAACAACUUCACCUCCAAGUGGCUCAUCUCAGCCAUAGGCUCGUAUGGCCGUGGUGCCCGCGCCCUCGUUGACACCAUCGACAACAGUGACCUGGAGGACACAGAGCAGUGUCGCAUGCUGAACGACCGCAUCAUGCGGGUGGAAGCCGAUCUCCUGUCCCCAUAUGUUUCUCCGACAAAGACCCCAUUCCGCCACAUCUUGCUAGGCUUGGGCCCGCACACGUUCACUGCCCUUGUGGACCACCUGGAUGUGUUGAAGAGCUCAGUAGGGAGUGAUGACGUGGACAAGCUUCUGAACCAGUUCGCCUUGGCUUCCUGGACCCUCCAGGCCUGUUCCAACGCUCUUGCAGGGGAGGUGUGGGACAUGAAUAAUAACAUUUAAACCCAAAACUACAAGCAAAAGGUCAAGCCAAGCUGAUUACUUUAUUAGAUGUUCAGCGCUUGAGAAUGAGGUUUAUGUCAUUGUCAGGCCCCCUUGAUCCAACAGACCUCAUAUAGACCCUCUGUGGUAAAGACAUGCUUGGGUUUACCCUUACAUUGAAAAAUACAUUGGUGCUAAAAUUACAAAGUUGCCUUGAAAUGUCUAAAACACAGCAGUAUUUUCUGAAAUGCCAAGAAGAACAAUUCAUAUUUUAUACGAUGUAGUGCCAAGACACAGGCUUUAUAUGUGUAUUCAUUGAAAGUGAAUGAGGUGACCCGAUUGCUUCGUUACAAUUUUAACAUGGCCUUAAAAGAGUCAUUAGAGUAUGUUUUUCAUUUUAGAACUCCGAGUCCCUGGAUUGACUUUGAUAUUGGCUGAGGUGCCAUGAGGAAAAGGUUAAGCUGGAUCUUUCAGCUAUUUUGUGUUACACACAGCAGGGCUCCUAAAUUCACUUCAAAAAAUCUGUUCCUACUUUUGUCUCUUAUGAUGUUACACGAACCAUACGCAAACUCCAGGAAGUGAUGGGGUCAUAAAGUCUAAUACCUCUGUCACUAUCUCUAUUUUCGCCAUGGGGUAGAUUCUACCUAGAACACACUGAAAUAUCAUGUUAUUAGUAAUUUAUUUAUCAGUGACAGGGUUCACUAUAAAUAGUAUUUUUUAAUGCCUUUUUUACCGUGUAUAAUUAUCGGGAGCAGUGCCUUCCAUAAUUAUGACAGUUAUACUGUCAAACUGACAAAGCAGCAUCUGCUAUGGAAUUACACAUGAUGUCAACAGCCACACCACCAGAAACUGCCACAACCCUGACAAGGCCCAACAUGUCACUUUUGCAACUUCAGAUUCACUCAAAUUUAUCAACAUGUGGUCUAUAAAAAGUGGCUGUUUUUGGUGAAAUGCCUUUUGGGACAUGUAUAUUUCUGAUUGUAAAUCUGAACCAUUAUCGGGAGCAGUGUCUUCCAUAAUGUGAAGAAGAAGAAGGUAGUUUUUGCCUACCAGCUGAUUUAUAUCGAGGGCAGUGCCCCUCAUAUUUCACUGUAGGGUGGAUGUCAUUAUCGGGGACAGUGUUUCCCAUAAUCUUGAUUUUGUACAUAUUCUGCAUCAAGCUGUCAUCAGGUUUGACAUCGUAUGUGUCAUCAUUUACUUGCCAUUGCUCUGCACAAUCUUGCUGUUUUCUGUUUGUUUUGAAUUCACCGCAGUGCAAUCCUCCAGUCCAUGUAUUCCCUCUUUUUUAGAAAGCGUUCAUGCGAGGAAGGCAUUAGAUCUAAAUACAUUUUGAAAUCACUUAACUCAAUCAAGAGUGAGAGAACCAGCAUACUGCAGUGAGGCUCUUGCAGAGGGCUUUGAUUAAUCUCUUGAUUUUUGCAUGCCUAUAAUUGCUUAGAACUUUUAAAUUUCUCCUUGAUAGGUGUUGCUUCACUGUACCUUGUGUGACUGAAUAAGGAAACACACAGUGGUGUUGACAUGUUUCUGUUCUGAGCUCCUCCCUUGUAGUAUGCACACGUCUCUGAUUUUAAACUCUAGCUGAUUAGGCUCCCUUACCUUUCAUUAUACUCCACAUGCCUAUUCUAUAUUUUAGUUGUUUCCUUAAAGGUAAUGAAAACAGCAUAUGAUGAACUGCAUAAUCAUACUCAAAGCACAAAAAGGCAAUUAAACAGGGGUUAGUGAAUAUUUGAUUUUUAUUUUUAGUCAGGGAGGUUGUGGCAGACAUGAUUUGAUAUAUCAGAAUCCUUGUUUCAGAGCAGGCUAAAAAAAAAAAAGCAUAAUUCUUUGGAUAAAAAAAUAAUUAAUGAAUGUUAAUGAUGAAACAAAGAUGAUGAAAUUAAGGGGUGCUCUUUAACAAACGUUUUGCCAGUACAUGUAAUUGCAGUUGCUGAGCUCACUGACUACAUUGUGAAUGUUUGAUAUAUAAAAACAUUGAUAUGUAAAGAAAGUGAUGUUUUAGAAUUGGGAAUGCAUUAAUGUUCAUUUGUAAUUUGGUUUUUGUUAAGAAGAUUAUCUAAAAAAUACUGACACAAGGUUUUUAAUCAGAUGAAACUGGAAGUGGGUCAUCAGCCAUGGCUUUGCUACCAGCAGAUUCAUGCAAAUCUUUGCCCACUUUGAAAAAAAUAAAGAUCAGUAGCUGUUGUGGUUGUUGAUCAGUCCACUACAUUUUGUAGACUUUGAAAGCUAUAGAAAAUGUCCUUUUCCUUCAAUAAAGCUUUGCAUUGCUCUUAAA